AAAAACAGUAAAACAGAGAAAACAAAGGAAAAGAGAUGUAGGAAGGAAAGAUAUCCAAAAUAAAAACCAAUCUAUCGAAAUCUUCAAACCUUCAAAUCUAGAAAUCCCCAAUUUAUAUCGAAUUUUUCGCUUAAAAUUCCAAUUUCAAGUACCCUUUACUGUAUAUAUUUUCUUGUGGGAAUAUAUAUAGAGGGUACCUAUUCUUCAGAUUUGUCCUUCAGAUUUAUAAGGAAGAAUAUAUUUACACCACGGAUCCACAGAAAAUUGGCUCUUUUAAACAUAUUGGAAGAUAUGCAGAGUCAGUUAAUGUGCAGUGGGUGUAGGACAAUUCUUCUUUAUCCGAGAGGAGCUUCUAAUGUCUGCUGUGCAGUGUGCAAUGCACUCACCCCUGUCCCACCUCCUGGAAUGGAAAUGGCUCAACUGAUAUGUGGAGGCUGUCGUACAUUACUCAUGCAUCCACGGGGUGCAAGCAGUGUGAGAUGCUCCUGCUGUCACACGGUGAACCUUGUCCCAGGUCCUAACCAGUUUGCUCACGUCUACUGUGGAAACUGCCGUAUGAUGCUGAUGUAUCCAUGUGGAGCUCCGUCAGUUAAAUGUGCAAUAUGCCAUUAUAUUACCAAUGUUAAUGCAGGAGAUGGAAGAGUCCAUGUACCUAGCGGCACUGCAACACCUGCUUCAGGAUCCUCUUCUUCAACAGCCAAGGCUCGUUCUCAAAACCAAACUGUCGUCGUUCAAAACCCAAUGUCUGUCGAUGAGAGUGGAAAGUUGGUGAGCAAUGUUGUUGUUGGCGUAACGACAACAUAGUUACAUAUGAGUUAAAGUUGUUCUUUGAAGACGGUUGAAAAGUUUUGCUCGCAUCAAUGGAAGACGAGUAUAAAGACGGCUCGCUGCAUAUAAAUAUGGUAGUGUCUAGUGUUAAUACGACAGCCAUACCCCUAUUUUUCUGUAAUAUUUUGAAUAUGAUUGGGUGAUUGAGGCUACAGUGAUUUGUGUGAUUAUUUGGAGUCAAUUAUUGAUGAACUACGCAUUAGAUUUGUGGCGUGAAUAUGCCCAAUGUCAUAAGUACAGAAUGUUAUGUACCUUAUAUGCCUGAUAUUAAUAUAUAUGAAUAUGACCUUGAAACUUA